AUGAAAGAUAAGCCUUAUGUAUGUGAAGUAUGUAGUAAAGCAUUGAACAGCAGAAAUAAAUUAACGAAACACUACCGUAUCCAUACAAAAGAGAAACCUUAUGUCUGUGCAGUCUGUAAUAAAGCAUUCGCCCGUAAGUCUAAUUUAAAGGUACAUUUGCGCAUUCAUACGAAAGAACAACCUUAUAUUUGUGAAGUUUGUAGCAAAGCGUUCACCCAAGGAGGCGCUUUAGCGGAACAUUUACGUGUUCAUUCGAAGGUAAAGCCGUAUGUCUGUGAAGUCUGUAAAAAGCCUUUCUCACAAUUAUCUAACUUAAGAACACAUUUGCGCAUUCAUACGAAAGAACAGCCUUAUGUUUGUGAAGUUUGUAGUAAAGCGUUCACCCAAAGAGGCACUUUAGCCAAACAUUUACGCGUUCAUUCGAAGGAAAAGCCUUAUGUAUGUGAAGUCUGUAAAAAGCCUUUCUCACAAUUAUCCAGCUUGAGAACACAUUUGCGCAUUCAUACGAAAGAACAACCUUAUGUUUGUGAAGUUUGUAGUAAAGCGUUCACCCAAAGAGGCGCUUUAGACAAACAUUUACGUGUUCAUUCGAAGGAAAAGCCGUACGUCUGUGAAGUCUGUAAAAAGCCUUUCUCACAAUUAUCUAACUUAAGAACACAUUUGCGCAUUCAUACGAAAGAACAGCCUUAUGUUUGUGAAGUUUGUAGUAAAGCGUUCACCCAAAGAGGCACUUUAGCCAAACAUUUACGCGUUCAUUCGAAGGAAAAGCCUUAUAACAGCCUUAUGUUUGUGAAGUUUGUAGUAAAGCGUUCACCCAAAGAGGCACUUUAG